AUUCCUUUUCUUUGGCGCGAUUUUUCUUUUCAAUCGCCCCUCACUCAAUUUCGCUCUGUUUCUCUUAAUCCCUCUCAAUCUCUUCCAUGUCAUGUUAAUGUCCUCUAAUUUAGGGAUUCCAGCCAACGAUUAAUUCUAAGAGAUCGUGGCUCCUUCCAUCUCUCCUCUGUUCUCUCUAUCUCUCGUUUUUUUUUUCUUGGUACAACUCUCUCUCCAAGACGACUCUACUCUCUUCACACCUCUCUCUCUCUCCCUCGCUCGACUGAGAGACAAAACCAGAUCUCUCUCCAUUGCUCGACUAAGAGAUAGACCAGAUCGACAACCAUUGAUUCCCAGCAGCUCUCUCGAUCUCUCUCUCUCUCUCUCUCUUUCUCUCUCUUGACUAAGAGACAGAACCAGAGUACUUUCCAGAGAUCCUACGUCUCAUCCCAGUAGUACACGAUGAUUAGGAAUGGAGAUAUAGAUCUAUCUAGGAAUGGAGGGACAGUGAAGGGUACUCGUUUUGCAUCCUCAGCCCAUGAGUUCACAACCAAAGACUAAAUCUAACAAAAACAAAGAGAGCAGAAAAGCACAAACGAUGUCCCAUACAACUGGCCGGACGACCUUUGCAAAGGUUAAACACAAUCUAAGGAAGAAGAAUCCUGAUGGUGUGGAACCUUCUAGAAUUCAAAUGCAUAAGGUUACCUACACAAGGAAAGAUGAUAGGAUAGUAGAUGAAGCAUCAAGAGAAAUCAUAGAUGCAUUGGAUAAGAAAUUAGAAGAACUGCCCCUAGAAUUGAGAAAUCAAAAAUCUGCCCAAGACAACAUAUAUGUGGCCGUUCGAGGCCCUGAGUUACAUGGUCGAGUGCGUGGUGCAGGCCUAGGCGUGAAGCCAAGUAGGGUUGGCCUUACACCAAAAAAUAUUGAGGAAAAGAAGAAACAUGACAGUGUGCAAGCUAGAUUUGUAGAGUUGGAGGGACAGGUUAGCAGUUUGACGGGAAAAUUAGAAGAAAUGGAUGAUUUGAAAGCCCAAGUAGCACUUCUAACCCAAGCGCUUUUAGGUCGACAUAGCUCAAAGAGUUCAGUUCAUUUAUCUGACAAUUGAGGAUAUUGCAGAGGCUGACCCAUAUUUAGGCAAUCUAUUUGGCAGGUACUUGCAUGGAUUUUGUCCUCCACUUAUAUCCUCUGAUGAUGAUGCAAAGUACGACUUGGGGAUUGAAUAACUACCGUGAUGUGUGAACAUUUAUUUUGAAAAACUUAUUAUGUUACUGUUAGCAUGUGAGCUAUAGAUUUUUUUUUUUUUUUAAAUUGAUUAUCGUCUAUGGAUAUUGGAUUUUUUUAUCUUCAAGAUGACAAUCUAGUUUGUUUCAUGCUUUUUUCCAACUUAACUUUUGUAGGAAAUGGAUAACCUUUUAUCA